CCUGCUAUCUUUUGCGAGUCCUCUGUUGCGUCAGAGUCCAUCAGCAUAAAGAAGGGUGAACAGGCCGGGCCAUCCAUCACUCUGGAAGGCUGAAACAAACAGCACACUUCGCUUACAAGUCUGAGAGACGCUCCCCACCGCCCCGCCCUUCCGAGGAACCUUCACCCGUCACUAGGCUCCUUCCACGCCCACGCUGAGGAGCCAUCAGAUCCUUGCUGAUCAACCCAGGACUCCUCCCUCCACCAGGUCCCCAGCGAGAGGAUGAGAGGGACAGGACUCCUGCUGGCGGCGCUGCUGGCCGCGGUGGCGCUGGCGGCGGUCUCAGAGGCCAAGAUCAGAAGCAGGAAUAGCAAAGUCAGAGCUGGUGAGGAGGAAUUCCACAAGUCCAGACGCCAGGAGUACCGGAAAUUCAAGAAAGGUUCCUCUUAUACUCAUGUUCCCUUCAUUAACUCUGAAGACAAGGCCUACUGGCUGAAGGAGGGCCAAGACGCCCUUCGCGAGCAGCUCCUCGUCAGCCCGAAGGUGCGCCAGGCGAAGAACGUCAUCCUUUUCUUGGGAGACGGCAUGUCCAUUCCCACGGUCACGGCCUCGAGGUACCUGAAGGGGCAGAAGACCAGCCUGUGGGAGCACGAGGAGAUGGCUUGGGAUAAGUUUCCCUACUCGGCGCUUAUUAAGACGUACACGACAGACAGCCAGGUAGCAGACAGUGCCGCCAGUGCCACAGCCUACCUGUGCGGCGUCAAGGGGAAUCUUGGCACUAUUGGGGUGGAUGAGAACGUCAGCAAAGAGAACUGUUCGGCUCAGCAGAAUUCGGCCUUCCAUACGGACUCCAUCGCCAAGUGGUUCCAGGACGCCGGGAGGUCGACUGGCCUCGUGACCACAAUGAGGGUGACCCACGCCACGCCCGCGGGGUCAUACGCCCACGUGGCUGAUCGGGAGUGGGAGGAUGACCAUGAGAUCGUGAACGACGGCGAGGACGACAUCGGCUGCGACGACAUCGCCGAGCAGCUCGUUCUGAACGACCCCGGACGCCACUUUAAG